UCUGUCCUCAUUGACUGAGGUGAUAGUCAUCCUCAGAACCCAGAGGAACCAGACCAGAACAGACCUGCAGAAGGUCCUGGUUCAUCCCUCAGUCCUCCAGACCCCUUUAAUGUAACCGGAUGGUGACCUGACGGACAUGGCGGCUACAGGAGUGUGUUGUGCCAGUCUGGAGGAGCCCAAGGCCCUGAUGAAGAUGGGGCUCAGCAUGGUUCUUAUUGGUCACGUCAACUUCCUGUUGGGAGCGCUGGUGCACGGCGUGGUGCUCAGGCACAUCGACCUUCACGAGCAGGCCAAGGCCAUGGAAUACGCCAUCGCCAGUGUGGUAGCCCUCACCUCCGGCCUCGUGGGAAUCGUUGUUGGCAUUCUCGCAAUUGUCCUGGCCAAAAACAAGAAGAGCAGAUGCCUGACAUGGUCACUCUUCACAGUCAGUCUGGCUGCUGCGCUCUUGGCCGCUGCCUCUGCCAUUGGACUGGCUGUGUCUGUGGUGUGGGCCAUCAUUCAUGGUGGGCGGAGCCUGCUGGCUCACUGCCGCUUCCCGGACGCCAUUGGCUAUUCCAGUGUCACCAAUGAAUGUCCUUUUGACCCCACGCGCAUCUAUAGUACCACUCUGAUCCUGUGGGUGCCUCUGAUCGUGACUUCUUUCAUCCAGCUGGUGUUUUGCAGCCGAUGCUUUGCUGUCUGUGUUUCAUUCCUGGGUCUGCCUUGUUGCCCCCUAAAGAAAAGACUAAAGACCUACGGCAGACCGAUCAAUGUGGUCAGACCACUUGAGGAAGCUCCUCUCCAACCUCCAAGACGCAACCCUCAAACUCAAGAACCCUACAGUCAACCUCCAAGAAGCAACCUUGAACCUCCAAGACUAAACACUGAACCUCCCAGACAGCUGUACCGUCCUCCUCUUCCUCCACAGCAUCUUCCCCGCCAGCACCGCAGUCUUCCUCCAUCGGAGAGGCAGCCUCUUCGCCAGCCGCCGCACAGAGAAAGGUCAAAUCGACACAGGCCGGAAACAAGGAUUGGCAGCCAGCAAAGGGCACCAGAGCAACACCAACUGCUGGAGAGGGGGACGCUGGAAAGGUCCAGCUUUUGGAUUUAGGCAUUACAUUUGAGAUGCAAUGCUGAAAUCAGGACAUGAGCUAUGACGGUUUAGGUUGUUAAAGCUGCAAGACUUGGAUUUAAACCUCAUACUUCCCUUCUUUUGUCAGUUCAUUAAAACUACUGACCCAGAGACUAUGUUUUAUUCAACGGGACCUGAGCUCGAACCUGAUGUGUCAGUCUUCUGUCAUGUUUGGACUCAUAUGGGCUGGAUGUUGCAUACAAAGAUGAGGCAGUUCCUUUGAAAUGGGGUCAUAGGGCUAGUUCUGCUUCUACAAGGAACUGGCUGAUGAUACGACCUGCAGUUAGCUUAGCAUAAAGGUCUGAAAUGCAAGAAACUACAAGCCUGGCUCUGUCCAAACAGCAUUUAGAUUAUGUAUUUAAGUUAUUAACAAAAUGUGUUUAGCAAUGGCAUACAUGCAGUGGCCCAGAGGUGCAACAGCCCAAACAUGAUCCACUAUAAGGAAAAAAAGAGAACAGCCCAAAAAAAACUGUUCA